GUUUCAGAGUUCAUGAAAAACUACGACUUUGAUGGCUUUGAUCUGAUGGGAAUACCCAGCAGCCGCCGACAGAGGUGGAAGUUUUUCUGAUAAAGAUAAGUUCUUCUAUUUCGUGGAGGAGCUGCGCAGAGCGUUCGAUAAAGAAGGUAAGGGAUGGGAGAUCACCAUGGCAGUACCAGUAGCAAAAUUCCGACUUCAAGAGGGAUACCAUGUGCCAGAGCUAUGCGAACUUUUAGACGCCGUUCACGCGAUGUCUUUAUGAUUUGAGAGGUAACUGGGCCGGUUUCGCAGACACCCACAGUCCACUCUACAAGAGACCCCAUGACCAUGGGCAUACGAAAACUGAAUGUGAACGAUGGACUACAAUUAUGGGUAGACAUGGGAUGCUCGCCAAAGAAACUAGUUGUCGGCAUACCAUUUUAUGGAAGAACAUACACAUUGAGUCGCGGUAAUAACAAUCACAAUCUAGGAACCUACAUUAACAAAGAAGCUGGUGGUGGAGAACCUGGACCGUACACAAAUGCCACCGGAUUUUUGGCUUACUAUGAGAUUUGUACUGAGGUGAUGAACAAAGACGCUGGGUGGACCAAACAAUGGGAUGAACACGGAAAAGUGCCGUAUACAUACAAAGGCACGCAGUGGGUCGGUUAUGAAGAUCCAGAAUCAGUGCAAAUCAAAAUGGACUGGAUUAAGUCUAAGGGCUAUGCUGGUGCAAUGACGUGGGCUAUAGAUAUGGACGAUUUUCACGGACUGUGUGGUCCAAAGAAUCCUUUGAUCCAUAUUUUGUAUGCAAAUAUGAAAUCAUAUGAUGUACCCGAGCCCACAGUAACUACAACGCCAAGGCCAGAAUGGGCUAGGCCACCAAGCACAAAAUCUCCAGACUCUACUAAGCCAGCUUCAACAACUAAGAGACCAGAGGAAUGGCAGCCUAGUACUACCCAGCGCCCUAGCACACCAUCUCGCCGGCCGUCAUCCACAUCCUCUCCUGAAGGUUCUGCUGUUUCUUCUACGUCGGUACCUGCAGGAGCAAGUGCAACAGCAAGUCCAGCAGCAAAUCCAACAACUGCUACCAAUCCCAACGAGAUAGAUUAUCCGACUGAGUGCAAAGGAGAUUUCAUGCCGCAUCAAGAUUGUGAAAAGUACUAUCGGUGUGUUCACGGAAAAGCCAUGGUAUUCUCUUGUAAACCAGGAUUGAUCUUCAACACUGCAUCCAGUGUCUGCGAUUGGCCAUCAAAUGCUGACCGAGAGAGGUGUAAGCAAGCGUAAAAUAUUAUAAAUGUGAUUUGAUAGUUAGGUUAGAUAUACUUUUUGAGACUUUUACUGUAAACCUGUUUUCAAUAAAUUAUUUAUAACA